AUGAAAAGAAAUAAGUUCUUCCCUCAAAAGUGUCGUCCAAACGGCGCAAUUAGAGGAAAGAAAGCUCCUCCAGGACAAUGCAAUCAAGAGGAUGAUUCUGAUUGUUGUGUGCGAGGAAAAAUGUACACAACCUAUAAAUGUUCUCCGUUUGUGUCUACUCACACUAAGGCAUAUCUUACUCUUAAUAGCUUUCAAAAGGGUGGAGACGGCGGUGGCCCUUCAGAAUGUGACAAGCGGUAUCAUUCUGACGAUACUCCAGUGGUUGCACUUUCCACCGGAUGGUUCAACCACAGGAGUAGAUGUCUCAACAACAUUACAAUCAGUGCUAACGGAAGAAGUGUUGUGGCCAUGGUUGUUGAUGAGUGUGACUCAACAAAGGGAUGUGAUGAAGAACACGACUACCAACCUCCUUGUCCAAACAACAUUGUUGAUGCUUCCAAGGCUGUGUGGAAAGCCUUAAAUGUGCCCAAGGAACAAUGGGGUGGCCUUGACAUUACAUGGUCAGAUGCUUGA